AUUAGUAGAAGAAGGAAACACCUCUCGGUUUCAGAUCCAAUUCUUCAACUUCGACUCCUCUAGGGUUUUCUGAUCACUUGUUGUUCGGUUUUAGCGUGUCUGAGCCAUGGCGUCGAAGAGGAUUCUGAAAGAGCUUAAGGAUUUGCAGAAGGAUCCUCCUUCUAACUGCAGCGCAGGUCCUGUGGCUGAGGACAUGUUCCAUUGGCAAGCAACUAUCAUGGGACCUCCUGACAGUCCCUAUGCAGGAGGAGUCUUUUUGGUUUCCAUUCACUUUCCUCCGGAUUAUCCCUUCAAGCCACCAAAGGUGUCUUUCAAGACAAGGGUUUACCACCCAAACAUCAACAGCAACGGAAGCAUUUGCCUUGAUAUCCUGAAAGAACAGUGGAGCCCUGCUCUUACCAUCUCCAAGGUUUUGUUGUCGAUUUGCUCAUUGCUGACUGACCCGAACCCAGACGAUCCACUCGUGCCAGAGAUUGCUCACAUGUACAAGACGGAUAAGUCCAAGUACGAGUCAACUGCACGAAGCUGGACACAGAAGUACGCCAUGGGAUGAUGAAUAAUAAGAGACUCGGAAGUGGUGGGGUCCAAGACAAGGAAAGCAUAACGUUAUCUCAGCAUCCUAAAAUAUAUAU